AACGAUUGAGUUAAAUUCUUUUGAAAUAAUGCAAGAAAAAAUGAAAUUUCGUAGUGAAGAGUCGAUUAAGAGCGAGAAUGUUAACAGAACUCGAAAUCAGCCUCAAGGAAUCAUUGAAUGGAUCGAUUACUAUCAGAAAAAUAAACCGCAAACCAAUGCACUGGCUGCUGGUAUUAUGAUCAUGAUCUACAGUGGACAACAACUUGGCUGGGGAAUUUUCAAUAAUCAUUUGAAAGCUCAACCAUGGGCUGGUGGAUAUGAAGAUGAAGGCUCAGUCUUCUGGGUGAUCAUCACAUGGUUCAUUGCAAGCAUUGUCGGCUUUUUCUUUGCUUCAAUUAUUGUUAACAAUUUAUCAAAACUUUCUAUCUAUAUUUUAGCUUCAGUGUUAUCAGGAAUAAGUGCAGCGCUGCUUAUAACAUUUUCCGCUGAUAUUUAUUAUGUUUUUAUAUCAAGAAUUCUUGGAGGCCUCGCUCAUGGAAUAACUUACCCAACAGUUCUGAUUCACGCUUCUGAAGUGUCUGUGGUGAAACUUCGUGGAAUGGUUGUUUCGACAAUUCAUCUCUGUUUCAUCAUCGGCGUAUUUACAACUUCAUCAAGUCUCUUACCAGUCUAUGAUGCCAGAAGCUACGAAGUUGAUCCAACAAAAACCAUCGGAAUAAACGGAUUAAUUUGUGUAGCUACCGGUGUACUUAUUGCAAUCUUUUUCAAUCGGGAAUCACCCGUUUUCUUGAUCAGAAAAUAUCGUGAUAAAGAAGCAAUUCAGACAAUGAUUCGACUCCGUUGUGAAUCGAGUGAAACAAUCGACAUAAGAAAAGACUUUUCUGAGCUCAAAAUUAUGGUGAUGGAAGACAUCAAAAGUAAUUUAAAUAUUUUUGAUCGUGCAAAUCGUUGGCCAUUAUUUGUGGUGUUAGUAAUGAAGAUCAUUUUUGUAGCAUCUUUCAACAUGCCAUUAAAUCUUAUCUGGCUUGAAGCAGUUGAAAGCAAACUUUAUAAUGGUAAAGUCGAUCCAUCAGGAAUGUGUUUGUCCGGGAUCAGAUGGAUUGUCAUUCUGAUUAUGAUGUUUUUGAUCGACUUCAAACGAAUCAAAUUUUAUAUUUAUUCAACAUUAUUAUCAUGUGGAUUAUUAUGCUUGCUUUUAAUUGCUCUACGAUCAUCAGCAAUGGGUGAUGAUGAGACAACACUUAUAACUUUACUUGCUUUCAUGUUCCAAGCCACCACUGGCAUUGCGAUAGGAAUUUUAGCAGACGUUUAUUCAACUGAAGCUUUCAACACAAGAAAGAAACCAUUGUCGAUUGCGUUUUCAUCUUCUUUCGAGUUUCUUCUUCAAAUAUUCAUGAUUGCCGUCGUUUUUUAUUUAAAAGAUCAAACAACAACAAUUAUUUGUGGAUUAACAAUCGUUAUGGGUUUAGGAAUAUUUGCUUACUUCAUUCCCGACACCAGUGGCAUGAGUUUGCUGAAAGCUAGAAAUAAAUUCCUUUGUCAUUAA